UUCAAAAUGGCGACCGGAGGGGUGAGCCAAAGUUCGAAAGAGGAAGACGCAUUUCAUCGAAUAUCACCUCAUCGAACUGCGGGGAUACAUUCCAACGAAGGCCAACCUGAACAAAAUACAGAGCUUCCAGUUUCAUCGAAAAGUGAAAGUGAAAUCGAUCAAAAUGAAAAAUGUACCACAGAGAUCAAUGAAAACAGUAUUAAGAUGACAACAUGUCUUCAACCCAACAGUCCACCUAACAGUAUUAUAUUACAUAAGGAUCUUCCAAACAGUACAAAUUACAACGAUACAACUAGUACAACAGAAAUUGAUUGCUAUAGCAACAAGAGGACUACUAUAGCAACCAGCACCAUAGUGACUCACAACGAAUCAACUCAUGCAGUAGAUACUGUAACUAAGAGUAACCAGAGUGCUUCCAUAGCAACUGAAUAUUCUUCCUCAGACUUGCCAAACAAGACACUUUCAGGUGGAAAUCAAAGCCCUAUAAGUGGCAAACAAAGCCCUAUUGGUGGGAAGCAAAGCCCUAUUGGUGGAAAUCAAAGUCCUAUUGGUGGCAAACAAACCCCUAUUGGUGGAAAUCAAAGUCCUAUUGGUGGAAAACAAAGCCCUAUUGGUGGGAAACAAAGCCCUAUUGGUGGAAAACAAAGCCCUAUAGGGAUUAACUCAAGAGAGACUGUGAUAAAAGAGGUUAAAGGACAACAUAAAAAGAUAGACCUUAUAGCUGACAGGAUUAAACUAAACAAAGAAAAAAAUAAAUCUGAAAUGCCGAUUAUGGCUACAGAUGGCGCUAGUAUUGGUAUAGGUGGUGCUGAAAGUCCACACAGAUAUAUGAUAUCCCAGCAUGCAACUGACUCCAUUAAAAGUGAUUAUUCUUCUAGUCUUCCAUAUAGCGUGUCACCGUCACAUACAGUCACCUCAGAGAUUAUCUCGUCACAUGUGACGAGCAGUGGAUAUUUUGUACCAGUGAAAGCAAGUCCAGGGAGAGAUUACCCCGCAGAAACGUAUUCCCUACCAGGAGGCGUUGUCGUACCUCGGAUACACAACACGCACAAUACUGGGAGGGACUCCCCAGGGUCUCGUUGUCAUGUAUACACAGGAUUAAAAGACCCAAGGAGGUCACCAAGUGAUUCUGAGGAAUAUUCCCCAGACAGAAAAAGGAUAAAGUUUGAAGAUGACGGUGAAAAUGGAACAGGGUACCCCUCGACAGUUAGUCCCAGUCAAUUUGCAACUUAUAAUGCAAAAGAGUGUGAGAAAUGUGGAGCGUUUCUGACAGCCUCCGACAGAGAAAGCAGUGCAAGUCCAUCGGCAUUGUGUACGCAUUGUCAGUCUUCCCCCACCCCAAAUGUACAGCAUGAGACAAAUACAGCCUGGAAUGAACAAGCAUUUAUUGUAAGUGAGUGUGGAGGAAAGCAAAUUAUCAGACCUGUCAAUCAGGAACAGUUUGUGCAGUCAGAGCCUAUUGACUUAUCUUCUACUACGGGUCACACCUCUCCCCAGGGUAGUCGACAGAAUGGCUCACCAAGUCCCAGGAACUCCAGAAACUUACUGUCUUUACAGAGAAUAAGUCAAUUCCAACAAAAAAGGACAACCCGUAAUCGAGACACCGAUAGUCCCACCACUCACCAUAGCAACAUGCUGAUACAAGAUCCCAUGUUUCAUAAUUCACAUGAGGUGAUGUCCCACAAUUCCCAGCCACAGGAGGUUAACACCCAUGUAUCCCAUGAUGACCAAGUGGUUUGGAAUCCCACCAAUCAAGUGUCAAAUACAGGGAGGCGGAUUCACAAAUGUGAUUUCAUGAACUGCAAUAAAGUUUACACAAAAAGUUCUCAUUUAAAGGCUCAUAGGAGGACACAUACAGGAGAGAAACCAUAUGAAUGCUCAUGGAAGGAUUGCACUUGGAAGUUUGCACGAUCAGACGAACUUACACGUCAUUACAGAAAACACACUGGAGACAAGCCAUUCAAAUGUUUAAAAUGCAAUCGUGCUUUCUCCCGCUCAGAUCACCUAUCGUUACAUAUGAGGCGACAUUAGCGUUACAAAUGAUGUAACAAUCGUGUUACAUAUUAGGCAACAUUGGUGUUACAUA